AUGUUCCACGACCUAAAUGUUCCCUGGACCGACGCGACGCGCGAGUUGCAGCGCACAGUGGCUUUUCUCGACGAAUUAGGAUACGAUGUCGUUGCUCUCACACACACUUAUUCGGGAAAACUGCCCUCUGAUAUUGCUCUCAACCAGAGUUCACCCGUACCCUCGAAACUCCCCUUCCCAGUACCUCCCCGCAUGCGCAUCUUACGACGCUGCAACAUUUUCCUCACCGACUCGGCAUCCAACUUCCGCAUACCCCAACUCCAGCAACAAUAUGACCUCGUAGCCGCGCGACCAACCGACGACCGCACCCUCCAGCAAGCAUGCAUGAGUCUGGACGUGGAUAUAAUCUCACUAGACCUGACUCGGCGCUUUGAAUCACACUUCAAGUUCCCCACAUUGGGAAUGGCUAUAUCCCGAGGAAUUAAGAUUGAAAUCUGCUACAGCCAAGGCAUCAUGUCGAGCGACCCGGCCGCAAAGCGCAAUCUGAUUAGCAAUGCGACACAACUCAUACGCGUGACCCGUGGUAGGGGCCUCAUGUUUAGUUCCGAGGCGAAGAGCGUACUAGGCAUACGCGCACCAAGCGAUGUCAUCAACCUGGCUUCUGUAUGGGGACUCGGCACCGAGAGGGGGAAAGACGGUCUUACCAAAGAACCAAGGAGCGUAGUUGAGUUCGCGCGACUAAAGCGCCAGAGUUUCAAGGGCAUAGUAGAUAUCGUAUAUGGUGGAGAGAAGCCAGUGGAGAAAUCUGCAGCUGAUGGCAAGGACAAGCAAGGCCAGAAGGGGAAAGCGAACAAGAACCAGAAUGGCAAGCGGCCAGGUGAAAACUUGGAAGGUACUCCCGUCCACGAGACCAAAGUAGACAAGCCGAACUUGAAGCGGCAACAAGCCAAGACCAAAAAGGCGAAGAUGCAAGAGGUGGGCGGAGAAGAGAAACAAUCGCGAUGA